AUGAGAGCCAUCAGAGCUGCUCUGCUCAUUCAGCGCUGGUACAGACAGUAUGUGGCCCGUUUGGAGAUAAGGCGCAGAUGUACAUGGAACAUAUUUCAGUCCAUUGAAUAUGCAGGAGAGCAAGACCAGAUAAAGCUAUACAAGUUUUUUAGCUAUUUAAUGGAUCAUUUCACACCAUCCAGCAAUGAAAGAAGUCUCAUAUCUCAUCUUUUUCGUGAAAAUGAGAUCUGCCGUGAUGUGGAAUGGGAGAGGUAUUUCUGCUACAAAAAUGUUGAUGUACCUGACAGCUACAGUGGUCCACACCUAACUUUCCCAUUGACAUUCUGUGGGGUGUCUAGACUGGUGGAGGGGUUUAAGCACAAACAACUGCUCCAUGCUCGUUAUGUUCUGCAGCUUCUUGGAGAAACCUGGAGACUUUUGAGAAUUCUUCCAAAUAUCACUCAUGUGUCUACAACUCAUGCUAAAGAGAUCACUAUCUGUGGAGACUUACAUGGGCACCUGGAAGACCUGCUUUUGAUAUUCUACAAGAAUGGACUGCCAUCUUCGGAGAGACCGUAUGUUUUUAAUGGAGAUUUUGUGGACCGAGGAAAAAACUCUUUAGAGAUUGUGCUCAUUCUGUUUGGGUUUUUGCUGGUCUAUCCUAAUGAUGUCCAUCUGAACAGAGGAAACCAUGAGGACCAUAUGGUGAACCUUAGAUAUGGUUUUACUAAAGAAGUCCUGGGAAAGUACCGGGUGCAUGGCAAAAAGAUUCUGAAACUUAUGCACAAGAUUUUCAGCUGGCUGCCUCUUGCUACUGUGGUUGAUCACAAAGUACUUAUAGUGCAUGGAGGGAUUUCUGACACAACUGAUCUUGACACAAUAGACAAAGUGGACAGACACAAAUAUGUCUCAGUCCUGAGGCCCCCUAAGCCAACAAACACUAAAUCUAAUGAUUCCAAUGGCAGGAUCAAAGAUUGCUUUGAACAAGCUGGAGGCCGGAGGAGAGGGUAUUCCCUUACUUACCACAAUCCAAAACGGGUUCAAAGACAGAGAAUUCAAUGGCGAUCAUUAGACAAUAUGGCCACAAAUGCACAUUAUAACAGUUCAAUGGAUGAAGAGCUGAAGAGGCGAUGCAGACAGGCAGAAUCUGACGGCACCUAUGAGGAUACCAACUCAGACUCAGACCCUGAACUAAGAGAGACAGAUGAGAAGCACUGGAAACAAAUUGUGGAUAUAUUGUGGAGUGACCCCAUGUCUCAAAAUGGCUGUAUAUCUAAUGAAGUAAGAGGAGGAGGUUGCUACUGGGGGCCUGAUGUGACAGAAGCAGUGCUUUCAAAACAUAAACUCCUUCUUCUCAUCCGUUCUCAUGAGUGCAAACAGGAGGGAUAUGAGUUCUGCCAUAAUCACAAAGUACUGACUAUUUUUUCAGCCUCUAACUACUACGAGCUGGGCAGUAACAGAGGUGCAUACGUCAGAAUGGGUGCUGAUCUAGUACCACACUUUAACCAGUACCACGCAAGCCGAACCUGCAGAGAGCUUACUCUCAGACAGAGCAUUGGACAGACCGAAAAAUCAGCUUUGAAAGCACUUAGAGAACAGUUAUUUGCUCACAAGUCAAGUCUCAUCAGUGCCUUCCAGGAAUAUGAUGAGAACAGUACAGGAAUCAUCUCCCUCAGUCAGUGGGCCAGUGCCACAGAGAGUGUACUGAACCUGGGUCUGCCCUGGAGGGUGUUGCGUCCACAGCUCAUCACCUGUACGCAGGACACUAUGGUGGAUUAUCAUAAGUGGAUAAGAGAAUUCUCCAUCACAGAGCCCAAACUACACAUUACAGACACCAGCAUCCUGGAGACUAUGUAUAAAAACCACUCAAAUCUGGAAACUAUUUUUCGAAUUAUUGAUACAGACCAUUCUGGUCUCAUAUCAUAUGAAGAGUUUCAUCGGACGUGGAAACUACUCAGUUCUCACUUGAGACUAGAAAUCAGUGACAAAGCUAUUUCAGAUUUGGCACAGAGUAUUGACUUUAAUAAAGAUGGAAGCAUUGACAUUAAUGAGUUUAUGGAGGCAUUUAGACUAGUUGACCUCUCUGCAAAUGUAGAAUAA